AUGUAUAUCGCCGGGAGAGGUUAUGAAACACACGUACUUGCUGUAAACGAGAAGAUCGUCAUCAACUCUCCAAAUUUUCCAGACGAAUCCGAUAACGACUUCGACUGCGAGUGGACAAUCGAAACGGUCGCUGACGCUGUUCUACAUGUCACGUUCAACAGCUUCAAUACUGAGACUGGAUUCGACCGACUGUACUACCAAGAUUUGCUAGGAAAAAAUAGUGUAUUUCAAGGAGACAGUAUACCGGAGCCGUUUACUUCAUCGACCGACCACAGCGGAGGUGUAUUCGGCGAUCCAAUAGACACUGUUGAUGGGAAAGUGAAAACAAGGACCGCCUCGUUCAAUGUCACUGUUGGUAAUGAAUAUGCAAAUGUGGAUGGGCUUGAUAUAGUUACAGGAUUCUAUGAAAAUGCAGUGUACGCAGAAAAGGCAAUCGUGAUUGAGGAAGGAGACAAAAUGAUUACACCGACUUUUACAUCCAGGGAGACGACAUUCACUCUGAAAUGGACAUUAAAAAGACACGUGCUGAAUGUUUCUUUCUUUGGUUCUGAUUACAUGGGUCACAUGUGCGGACUUCUGGGAAACGCCGAUGGUGAUACAGAUAACGAUUUCAUGAAACCCGAUGGAACUGUCGUUGGUGACGCAGACGAAUUUGGAGAGAGCUGGAAAGUGAAGCAAAACGAUGGAACUAAUAAUACGACGGAGUUUUGUUUUCUAGGUGGUUUUGCAGCAGUAUUAUUUAACGGGGUAAUGAAGAUGCGUUUAUUGGUCAUCAUUUCAUUGGUUAGUCUGACUCUAGCUGCUCCGAAAGAUGUGAAAUCAAUUGGGAAGAGGUCAGGGUGUAACCAGAACUACAACAUCCCCGCUAACGGGGAGGUUGUAAUUACUUCACCGCAUUUUCCCGGAAAUUACAACAACAACGCUAAUUGUGUCUGGAUCAUCACUACCGAAAGCAAUGCGGUUUUCCGGGUGGAGUUUACACAUUUUGACGUUGAAGAUGAGUAUGACAGGCUUACUGUUUUUGAUGGAUCCAACAUGCUUCAAUCGUAUGACAAUUCGAACAAACCAGAAUCAUUUACAUCGACUCACUCAGAGAUAAAGUUCCACUUCACGUCAGAUUCGUCAUUUACUCUCUCAGGUUUCAGGGCGAUUAUUACAUCGCAACGAAGUGUAUUCGGAGAUCCGCACAUGACAACGUUCGAUGGACGACGAUAUAAUUUCCAGGGACUAUGCUGGUAUGUACUGGCAAAAGACUGCUCUAGUGCAACUCCCGAUUUUGAGAUUACAGCCAAGUUUGAGGUUAAGGAAGACAGCACUACCGAUGAAGUGAAAACCAGAACCGCAGCAUUCAAUGUCACAGUUGGUAAUGAAUAUGCAAACAUUGACAGGCUUGACGUAUUUACUGGAAGAAAUGACGGGAAAAUCGCUAUAGAUAAAAUUAUACAGACUGUCAAAGACAAUAAGACGAUAACAUUGAGUUUUGUCGUCAAGGAGACGAAAAUUACUCUGAAAUGGACAUUAACCAAGCAUGUGCUAAACUUAUCAAUAUUCGGCUCCGAGUAUUCGGGCAAGCUGUGUGGACUUAUGGGUAAUAACGAUGGUGAUAUGGAUAAUGAUUUCCAGAAACCUGACGGAUCCCUGACUGAUGAUGUUGACGACUUUGGAGAAAGCUGGAAAGUGAAUGAUAUAAGAUGUGACUAAAAUACGAUACUAUAUAUUAGACUGUGUGGAUUAAGAAUUACAUUAACGUAUAUUAAACGUUAUAUUUACUGGGAUCAUUUAUUUCAAAUUUUGGUUGAUAUACAAAUUUACUGUCAUAAUGACUUUUGCAAUCAUAGAAAUGUUGACAACACCCAGAAAGAAGUGACAGUUAUAUAAGAUAAUAGACUAUUUACGGGUUUUAGUGUCACGUGGUAUUAUUGUCCGAAUACUCCCAAUCAUUCGCCAUUUUGUCGGCAUUGUUCAAAGUUACUUGUUGUAAAAACUGCUAAGAUAGUUCUCAAGCGUGCAUUUGAUAUAGAACUAAAUAGUAAACAUUAAUCUCAUAGCAUUAAACACAUGGAAAUGAG